UCUUGAUUCAUUUUCUCCCUAGUUGUGGGUGGAAUUGGGGUAAGUAUGAAGUAUUAUUAAGGUGUUCAUAUGUUUGAAUUGAGGUAGACAAGAUUCGAAGCAGCUAUAUUGAUGGUUGUGAAGGCUUAUAAAUGCUUGCUCCUCUUGGUGUUGUUGGAUAUACUCAAGUGCUCCUUCUUAUCAAUCCUUAUUGAUUGCUGCGUGCAGGGACCGAUUCAUAUGUGAUAGCUAAUCAUGUCUCAUGUGCUCAUUGAGAAAGUCGAUAAUGUGGCUGAAGGGGAUCAUAUCAAGGUGGAUCGUGUGAAAGAAGUAGAUAAUGAAGUGGAUGAUAUGAAAGAAUGGGGUCACAUAUUGAAGGAGGAUGAAGAUUUAAUGAAUGCAAUAGAUGACAUGAAUGCAUUAUCUCAUGUUGUUAUGAAAUUCCAAAAUCGGCAAGUCUUUGAUUGGGCUCAGUUGGUGGGGAAGAACAAUGACUUUGUUGUUAUUAUGAUAAGGUCUGACUAUGGAACCUUGAAUGGGAAGGAAAGUUUGACAUUAGGGUGUGAGCAUGGUGGUAAAUUCAAACCAUACAAGGGAAAGUUUGACAUUAGGGUGUGAGCUUGC